UUCGGAAACGUAGCUAGAGUAUCACAAAGAAGUCUUCCCGGGGUUCAGAGCGCCACCAUCUUCUUAUUAAAUUGCAGGUAUAAUAGUGUAAAAUAUUGAAAUUGAAUAACGAGUGUAUCGUCUGCUAGUGUAUGUUCGCUAGGGUGCAUAUGGACUCCCAAGUGCAAUUAGAUGGCCGCCUGUUAGGGCUUGUGGAUUCUGCAUGGCGCAUGGAUCGCUUACCCAGUGAUGAGAUAGCAGUGCCGGUGCUAGAACUUCCCGACCCUGAGCCAGAUACAACCACACCAAAUCAGACGCUGCGACAACAGGAGCACAAGUGGACUGAUCUCAUGCUCUCCAAUCUUACAGAUUCUCAGUCACAGAAUAUCACAAACUAG